AUGUCAUCAACAAGCACCAACACCUUACUGUCCCCAAUUAGCAUUGUGGCUGCUUUUGCCAUGCUCUCUUUGGGGGCCAAAGGGGAUACUCUCACACAGAUCCUGGAGGGCCUACAUUUCAACAUGGGAAUAGUUUCUGAAGCUCACAUUCACGAGUGCUUCCAGCUUCUCCUCCACACCUUCCAGCAUCCUGACCACCAUCUCCAGCUGAGCAUGGGCAGCAGCCUCUUUGUCAAUGAUGACCUGAUACUCCUCCAUCAGUUUGUGCAGGAUAUCGAGGAGCUGUACUACUCAGAAGUCAUCUCCAUCAGCUUUGGGAACUUGAAACUUGCCAGAAAACAGAUCAACUCUUAUGUGGAGAAGAAGAGCCAUGGAGAAAUAGUGGAUCCGGUCAAAGUUCUGAAGAAAGACACAGAUCUCGUCCUGGUGAAUUAUAUUUCCUUCCAUGAUGACCAGGGAAAAUGGACUGUUCAGUUCCCGGCUGAAUAUGCUGCGGAAGAAGACUUCUACAUAGAUAAGGAGACAACCGUCAGGGUGCCCAUGAUCAAUCGCCUAGGUGUAUUCUUACUGAGCCGGAAUGAGGAGCUGUCUAGCUGGGUGCUGGUCCAGCAUGCUGUAGGUGACACCAUGGCCUUCUUCAUCCUGCCCGACCCAGGGAAGAUGCAGGAGCUGGAGGAAGGCCUAACGCAGGAACACUUCAAUAAAAUCCUCAGAACCAUUGGUGAAAGGUCUGCCAGGAUACACUUUCCCCGACUGACCAUUUCUGCAACCUACGACCUGAGGAGCAUUCUGAGCACACUGGGCAUCACCAAGAUCUUCAGUGAUGAAGCUGACCUCUCAGGGGUCACGGAGGUGGCAUCCAUCAAGCUCUCUGCGGCCGUGCAUAAGGCAGUGCUGACCAUCAAUAACAAACAGACAGAGACCGAAUGGACCACUGAUUUGGAAGACAGUGCCUGGUCACAGACCCUCACCGUCAAGUUCAACAGGCCCUUCCUCCUCUUCAUCCGGGAGGAAAACACCAACAUUCCGCUCUUUGUGGGGAAAGUGCUGAAUCCCGAGCAGCACUGA